CCGUGAUUCAUUCAGUCCCAGAGGCAGCGUCGGGAGUGCUGUGUGCCUGUUCAUGACAGAGCCUUCCCUUCUUGUCGCUGCCCAGAUGGAGGGGCUGGCUCUGCUGCCCCUGGCCUCACCCUGUCCCCGGAUCCCACGAGCCCGCAUCGCCAGGCCGCCAGGGCGAGGGGCCCAACUGGGCUGCAGCCCUGGCCCCUCUACAGGCCCCACACAUCUGCAACAGUGUCCUCUGAGGUCACGCCCUGCCGGCUGCUCCCACUCCCGGCUGUCCUGGGCAGAGAGCUUGUCUAUGGAUGGCUUCUGGAUAGAGGUGGAACAGACCCAACAGCAGAACGGAGUGAAGGAGGAAGACCGUGGUGGGAGCAGAAGUCAGCUCCUGGAAGGGGACACUGAGUCCCAGUGGCUACAGGAUACAGGCCUCUCAGGUCUUGUUGGUGGCCUGGGAUUGGAUGGUGAUCACCAGGGUCUCCUGUCUACGCUGACACAGACCCAGGUGGCUGCUGUGUGCCGCCGGCUAGACACCCAUGCCCGCUCAGCCCGAAAACGACAGAAGACACGCAUCAGAGAUAUCAGGGAUAUCUUUGGGGUCUUCACUUCAAGGGAAGUGGCUUCAGAGAAUGGGGCCUUGGGAAUAAAAUGGACCCAGAUCAACUCUGAGGAUUUCGCGGCUCCUGUAGGACCCACGGGUGCUAGGGGACCACAGGAGACGGCGGGGAUGGAGGAGCUCUUCAGCAUGGACUCGGCCUACUCCGAACAAGCUGCAGUGCGUCUACAGAGGGCCCGGCCAUCCCCGGGGGGCACCUGUGCCUGGAGCAGGGGCUUGUUGCCGAGGUUCAGGAUCCUCAAAGGUCGUCUGGGUGUGACCAAGAUAGGAGACUUGUCCUCGAGGGACAUGAAGAAGAUCCCUCCAUUGGCUCUGAUAGAGCUGACGGCUCUCUAUGACAUUCUGGGCCUGGACCUGAAGAGGAGCAAAGCUGGGAAGUGGAAAGGCCCAGACUCGGGCCUUUUUGGUGUGCCCCUUCACAGCCUUCUGGAAGCUGACCACAGAGUCCUCCCUAGUGCCCAGGUCCCACUGCUCCUGCAAGCCUUGCUGUCCUGUCUGGAGAAAAGAGGGCUAGACACAGAAGGCAUCCUCAGAGUUCCGGGAUCCCAGGCCAGAGUCAAGGGGCUGGAGCAAAAACUGGAGCGAGACUUCUAUGCUGGCCUCGUUAGCUGGGACAAGGUUCAUCCCAAUGACGCAUCUGAUUUGCUCAAGAGGUUCCUCCGGAAGCUGCCGGCACCUCUGCUUACAGCCGAGUACCUCCCAGCUUUUGCAACAGUGGCCAACAUCCCUGACCUGAAACAGCGCCUACAGGCUCUCCACCUGCUCAUCCUCCUCCUACCAGAACCCAACCGCAACACCUUGAAGGCACUCCUGGAAUUCCUCAGGAAAGUGGCAGCCCAGGAGCAGCACAACAAGAUGACCUUAUGGAAUGUUUCCACGGUGAUGGCCCCCAAUCUUUUCCUGGCCCGAGGGCGGCCUCCCAAGCUCCCCAAGGGUGAGAAGCAGCUGGUGGAAGCUGCAGCUGAAGUGGUGUGCAUGAUGGUGCAGUACCAGGACCUGCUCUGGACGGUCGCUUCUUUCUUGAUAGCGCAAGUCCGAAAACUGAAUGACAGUAAUGGCCGUCGUUCCCAGCUCUGUGAUGGGGGCCUCAAGACCUGGCUGCGGAGGACGCACGUAGACAGAGACAAAGCUGGGGACUGGCUUGAGGCGACUCCCAAAGUGGCAAAGAUCCAGGUGACCUGGCCUAGCAUGGACCCUCUGCAGGUGCCUUUGAAUCCCAGCACCAGAGUAACCCACAUCCUGCAGCUGUUCACGGAGCGCCUCAACCCUGGCUCACAGUCUGAAGAGGGCACCAAGGAUGCAAAUAGAAUUCUAUCAGACAAUGUGAAGAAGGCCAACUUCCUUGUUUAUGAAGUUGGAGGAAAUAUUGGUGAACGUUGCCUGGACCCAGAUGCCUACCUCUUAGAUUUAUACCGUGCCAACCCCCAUGGGGAGUGGGUCAUUAGACAGAGCCCCACCUAAGCCUGGAAUCCUAAGAAACAACCUGGAACACCCAGCCCGGGAGCAGGGCUGUUCACACAGAAGGGCUAAGUCUUCCUUCAAAGGCCUCCUGUCAGAAAAUGCCUCUUCCAUGCCAGACAGCACAGAG